AUGGCAUCGAAAAAAGCGAGUGGAACGCUACCACCACAACAACAAAUUGUGCAUAAGGUGAUCAUGGUGGGAACCGGAGGUGUCGGAAAGUCGGCGCUCACUUUGCAGUUUAUGUAUGAUGAGUUCGUCGAGGAAUACGAGCCAACGAAAGCGGAUUCCUAUCGUAAAAAGGUGGUUUUGGACGGCGAAGAGUGCUCGAUUGAUAUUCUGGAUACAGCUGGACAGGAGGAUUAUUCGGCUAUUCGCGACAACUACUAUCGUAGCGGCGAAGGAUUCAUUUGCGUCUUCUCGAUUCUUGAUAUGGAGUCGUUUGAGGCGACGAAUGAGUUCCGCGAACAAAUCCUCCGUGUCAAAAAUUCGGACAACUCGGUGCCAAUCGUCCUGGUCGGAAACAAGGGAGACAUGCGCGAUCAACGCGUCGUUCCAGCCGAGCUGUGUCGACAACGCGCUGAGCAAUGGGGUUGUCACUACGUUGAGACGUCGGCGAAACGACGAGAGAAUGUUGAUAAGGUAUUCUACGACUUGAUGCGCGAGAUGAAACGCCGAAAGGGCGGUGCUCAAACCCAAAUCGGAAUGGACGCGACGGCGAGCUCUGGCCGAAAGAAGCGGUCUGGAAUCAAGAAACAUUGUACUAUUCUUUAA